AUGGGGAAGCGAAGAAAUCACAGUGAUGAAUCCGGUGGCGACGACUCGGAAUGGGGUGAUGAAAAUUACGGCUCGCCUCCUAAGCGUCGGAAGGAUAGUGAUUCAGAAGAGGACCUUCGCACGAAGAAAGUUACCGCUGGAGUCAAGAAAGCUGUGACCACUAAACAGGAUGGCGUUCGCAAACCAUUAGCGUUGAGAGGAAACUCUCAAGACAGUCCGAGCCAUGGAUUGAAACCUUUCACACCAAACCGGACUGUUUUGACACGUCCCUUCAAGGUGCCUGCAUUUGUCGGUGGACGUCCACCGGGCGGUGGUGGUAUAAGGCUUGGCACCACUCUAGGCACUCGGGCUCGUAUAUCCGUUUACAAAGGACCGCUGCACGAUCCCGAAGCCGAAAAUGCUAUUGUCUUGCACCAUCCAAAGGUGUUGUCCGCCACGGAGCAGCUGGAGCAGUUAAAGUCGACUGCUGGGGGAUUGAAGCAAGCGAAGGCCGAGGUACAUGUAGUGGUUGAUCCCAUGCUUGGGAACAUCCUUCGACCACAUCAGAUCGAGGGUGUUCGCUUCUUGUACAAUUGUGUGACUGGUCAGACUGCUCCCGACGCUUACGGUUGCAUCAUGGCGGAUGAAAUGGGACUCGGCAAAACCUUGCAAUGUAUAACGUUGUUGUGGACAUUAUUGAAGCAGUCCCCUGAGCCAGGAAAACCAACAAUUGAGAAGGCGGUUAUUGCAUGUCCGUCAAGUUUGGUCAAGAACUGGGCGAAUGAGUUGAAAAAAUGGCUGGGUCCGGACAGAAUACGACCCUACGCAUGCGAUAAUAAAGGGACGAAAGAGCAGACGGAGAAGGACAUGCGAAAAUUUGUUUCUGACAAGGGCCGCGCCAUCGUGCAGCCAGUUCUCAUUGUAUCAUAUGAGACGUUGCGAACCUAUAGUACGAUAUUGUGCCAAACAGAAAUCGGGCUACUACUUUGCGAUGAAGGCCAUCGCUUGAAGAAUGCAGAGUCGCAAACAUAUAUAAAUCUAAACGCUCUGAAUGCAAAGCGCAGGGUUAUCCUCUCCGGUACUCCCAUUCAGAACGAUUUAACAGAAUACUUUGCUCUGCUCAGCUUUGCCAUCCCAGAUGUGCUUGGUUCGGGAUCAGAUUUCCGGAAGAACUUUGAGCUACCUAUUCUUCGAGGGCGGGACGCAGACGCGUCGGAAAAGGACCGUCAAAUCAGUGAAGAAAAGCUUCAAGAACUUUUGGCAAUCGCAAAUAAGUUUAUUAUACGCCGUACUGCCGAGCUUUUGACCAAAUAUCUUCCUGUGAAAUACGAGCAUGUGGUUUUCUGUAAAUUUACCGACAUGCAGCUGAACCUAUACAAGCAUUUUACACAAUCCAAGGAAGUUAAAAAACUUCUUUCGGGAUCGGGCUCCCAACCUCUCAAAGCCAUCACGUUCCUCAAAAAAUUGUGCAAUCAUCCCGCCUUACUGGACCGCAAGGACUUUGGGGCGGGCGCCAGCACACUAUUUCCCCAAGAUUUCGAUCCAACCGGAUGCCAAAGUCAAUUCUCGGGGAAGAUGCUGUUGUUGGAGGGGAUGCUAGCGAGGAUGAGAAAAACCACUACGGAUAAGAUCGUCCUGAUUAGCAACUAUACGCAAACCUUGGACCUGUUUGAAAAGAUGUGCCGUGUGCGAAAGUGGGGUCAUCUUCGCUUGGAUGGUUCCAUGACUAUUCAAAAACGGCAGAAGCUUGUCGAUCGCUUUAAUGAUCCAGCUGGACCAGAAUUUGUAUUUCUUCUUUCCAGUAAAGCUGGUGGUUGCGGAAUCAACCUGAUUGGAGCAAAUCGUCUCGUCUUGUUUGAUCCAGAUUGGAAUCCGGCAAACGAUGCACAAGCGCUAGCGCGAGUUUGGCGCGAUGGACAAAAGAAGACUUGCUUUAUUUACCGAUUUAUUGCAACGGGAUCAAUUGAAGAAAAAAUCUUCCAAAGGCAAGCGCAUAAGCAAUCCCUCAGCAGCUGUGUCGUCGACGCAGAAGAAGACGUCGAACGGCAUUUCUCCCUAGAAAAUCUCCGUCAACUCUUCCAACUCAACGAAGAGACUCUCUCCGAUACCCAUGAUACCUUCCGCUGCAAGCGCUGCAUACGAGGGAUGCAAGUGAAAAAGCCACCAGAAAACGAAGUAAACACAGGUGCCCAAGCCGCUGAUACGAGUACCUGGAACCAUUUCAGCAAACAAGAACUUCACAAGGUACAUGAUUCGAUAUUAAAGGAAGAAGGGGUGGCAUCCGUGACAUAUGUGUUCCAAAAUAAGUCCCAUGAGCAGCAAGUGGUCAAACUAAAAUAAGCACAUAAGCACAUAGAUCCUUGUCAAAGGAAUUUUUGCUCUCAAUUAGAAAAUAAUGGCAUACUAUCGCAUAUAUCUGUGGUUUCCCAUA